AAUUGAUAGAGGAAUGUGGAAAUAUGAUUAAGAAUGUGGAAUAUUUAAAUCAACUUCCUUGCAUUGUUACUUCAAAAUCUAUAUCACCAAUGGGUAAUUCAUCAUUUUAUAAUGGAAAAUCUAAUCCUUAUGUUCGAGUAUUUCACACGGGUAAUGAUAAAGAUAUUGUCGCCCAAACUAAAGUCAUAGACAACGACUUGAAUCUGGUAUGGAAUGAAGUUCAUUAUCGGCCUGUUAAAAAUAUUGAUUUAUAA